GACCAACGGCUGCGGCUACUGGGACACCAACUGGGACAGGAGAGAACCGUUGGCUCUUAUGAACCUGAAGAAGAAGAACCAGGAGACAGGGGAGGAGGAAGUCUCGGCUCGACUUUCCCACUACAAAGCAAAAGCUACCAGGCACAUAUUCCUCAUACGCCAUUCUCAGUACCAUAUGGAUGGGCAAAACGAUAAAGACAGAAUUCUGACACAGUUGGGCCGUGAACAAGCCGAAUUGACAGGAAAAAGGCUUGCAAGUCUGGGCCUGAAAUAUGAUAAAAUUGUACAUUCUUCCAUGACAAGAGCUACUGAAACAACGAACAUUAUCAGUAAAUACCUUCCUGGAGUGUCAAAAUUGAGCACGGACCUGCUACGAGAAGGGGCUCCAAUUGAGCCCAACCCACCGAGCAAUCACUGGAAGCCGGAAGCUGUGCAGUAUUACGAAGACGGAGCUCGAAUUGAAGCUGCUUUCCGGAACUUCAUCCAUAGGGCUGGGGUAAAGCAGGAAGAGGACAGCUACGAAAUUUUUGUCUGUCACGCCAAUGUCAUUCGCUACAUCGUUUGCAGAGCAUUGCAGUUCCCCCCCGAGGGUUGGCUCCGGAUAUCCCUCAACAACGGCAGCAUCACCCACUUGGGGAUCCGUCCCAGUGGCAGAGUGGCCCUGCGAACGCUUGGCGACACAGGAUUUAUGCCUCCUGAGAAAAUCACACGCAACUGAGCCUUUCCGAAGCUGCUUGUAGACUCUCUGCACCAAUACAGCUGUUGGUACUAGGAUAAUGAACCUUAAAGUGGCCCUCAACAAAUGCCUAUUUCUCCCAGCAUCCUUGCUUCAUUUAUAUGUAACCAGCAGGCUGUUAAGCCUAGAGAAGGGCGAGACCGUUGGCACAUUCCACCAAGUACUGUUGCUAUACAGCCUCAGUGAACUCUUGCACCUGCUAGGAUUAGCUCUGCAGCAUUACAAUGAAUGGGAUCUUUGCAACAGUACUUGAUGGAACGUAGAGAUGAAGGUGAGACUACCUUUUUGAGGGUUAUCAUAUGGCUGGCUGCAGUAGGUGAGCGCCCCUGCCUUCUAUUCCAAAGCAUAUUCUUAGCAUGGAGAGGAUACUUCCUCCCACCUUCUGUGGAAAAGAGGAUACAACUCCUACGGGCUUAGAAAGCCAAUGGCUGGUUUCACCACUCGUCUAGAAAUUAACUUUGGUAUCUAGAUGGGGGCGAAGGCCAUAUUAACAAAACUGUGCAGAAGGGCUUCUACAGCUGCACUGUGGGCUACUCUUCCAGUAAAUGUAGAAAUGUGGAGUUCCUCUUAUGGAGUUGCUCACUGGUAUUUCAAAUAGCUGCGGCUUACAUAGGACAGAGAACCAGAAUUGUAAAUCUGGACCUUCCGACUGAAAACCCGAGAGAGAGGCAAAUGACAUGGACAACACUUUCAAAGUGAAGAUGCCAGCUUUAAGGACAAAGAAAUGACCCAUCUCUUUCUACUUAAAGAAGUUGUUGCUUUCUUACCCCAUGCUUCCUUCUCACUAAUGGAAAGGACUAAACUGGACCACGGCCAUGCCGUGGCACCAUCAGAAUACCUAACCCUGUGUCAUUUUGUCACCUUCUUGCUUGGAGUAUCUGGGGACAAUUAGGUGCUGAACUAAAUCAAUUUAGAAAUGGGUCUCUCUGUUCCUGCAGAAGAAAACAUUGAUACUAUUCUAUAUCCAUGAAAAAGGACAGAGAUAUGUCUUUCAAUGAGUGCAGGAAAUUAAGUUAUUCUUACGGCUUUGUAAAGCAUCCGUGAAAAUAAAUGUUUGACUUUCACAUGAA